UUUAAUUUUCACAACCCCCCAUUCCAGCACCAACUUGCUCCAACAAUUUUGAUUAUUCUUAAAUCUUCACUUUCCCAUCAGUUUCUUUCUUUCACUCAACUCAACACAAACCCUAGACAGCAAUUUACCUUACACCCAAAUGGGAUCGACCCACGAGCUUUAGAAUCCAAAGCAACUCCACAUAUAGCCACUUUCAGCUCAUACCCAACUCAAUUAUGGCCGCUUUUUCCACUCCCCAUUCCUUCACGGCCUUCACCUUCCUCGUCUUAUUCUUCAAAAUCGUAACUUCCGACCCAAUUUCAUCGUUCUCUUUCCCUGAUUUUGACAAGGAUCUGAAAUUUGAGUCCAAUGUUGCCCUUUUGGGCGGUUCAAAGGUCGUCAAUGGUGGUUCUGCGGUUCAACUCUCUGGGUCUGAGAGCCGAGGAGGAGUCAUGUACAAAAAACCCAUCAAGCUUAUUGGAGGUAAACCAAAGCAAUUGAUCUCUUUUUCCACUGAUUUUGCAUUUUCGAUCUUGUCGGUGGAUGGGGAUGGUUUGGCUUUUGUUAUGGUUCCGAGUGGUCUUCAAGAUGAUUUCUUUAAGAAAAGUCCAUCUGGGAUUUCUUCUUCUCAAUUGAGCAAAAGAAAAUCUAUGGUUGUCGAUGUUAAAUUCACCGCUGAGUUUGGCAGCAGAAAUGGUGGGUCUGCUCAUUGUAAUGUGGCCAUUAAUGUGGGUGAUUCAGCACCAGCAAAAACACGCAAUACCUCCUCUUUGAAGAUGGCUCUAAGAAAGGGACAAAAACUUCACACUUGGAUUGAUUAUGAAGCAAGUUCACAACGCUUAGAAGUGAGAUUAAGUCAGUAUGGUCACUCCAGGCCUGCGGAUCCCUUGAUUUGGUAUUCAAUUGACUUUACAAAGAUAUGGAAAAAGAGUGAAAUGUUUGUGGGGUUUAAUUCUGUGAAGGGAAAUAGAAGUUUUCAAUCCCAACCUUGUUCUCUACAUUCAUGGAGCUUCAAUCAAAGGCCUUUUCCAAAUUGGAUGCACUCAGAGCCUGUGGAUCUGAAGGCUCUUUCUAAGAAUUCUGAAACUGCAAAAGUGAAACCAAGGAGCGAUUGUGUUCUGAGAGUUCUUGCUGCUAUGAUAUUUGGUGGUGGAUGUGGAGCAUUGACUGCAUUUGUUGUGCUGUAUUUGUGGACCAUCUUCGGCAACCGGCGUCCAGUGGUGCCGGAGGAGUUUGUCGGGGAGCAGCCUGUAGAUUUUGAGUACAAGAAGGUGAGCGUAGUUGUAGAUAAGGCCAUCAAAGAUGGCAAGGAGUAGAUCUGGAUUGGGAAGCAUUUGUGCUGUACAUUAUUGUUUCUUGCUUAUUUUAAGGUUCUGGUCUUGUAUUGUAGUAUGGUAAAACAACUAUCCAAUUAUAUUCCUCCUAUUGUUGUCUAUUUGCAUAUUGAGAUCCAACCUGGCAUUAACGAUUGCAUAUAGUUAGCUAAUGUUAAAUGGUUCGCACCUUAUAUGCUGCAUUUUGUAGAUAGAUUUUUGCCCAAUACUAAUGUGGUUUGAAAUAUAACAUUGGAACCUUGUAUGAGUCAAAGGGCAAGAAGAGUGAAAAGAUGAAACCAUAUUCUUGAGUCUUGACGUUGUAUGUUGUCAUUCCUUUAUUGUAUAAGAAGAGUGAAAAGAUGAAACCAUAUUGUUGACGUUGUAUGUUGUCAUUCCUUUAUUGUAUAAGAAGAGUGAAAAGAUGAAAGCAUAUUCUUGA